AUGGAGGAUGUUAAUGACGGCGGUUUUCCUGGAUGCAUUACACCUGGUGAAAUCCUGGCUGAAGGGCAGGACGAACACGUACUCGACAAAUCCACAGUUGCAGAAGUAAGGCGGUCGGGCAAGACAAAGUCGGAAGACGCUUCAUUGGAAGAUCAUGAGAGCAUGGUUUCAGCACUGAAGCAAGUGGACGUGGUGGUGUCGGCGGUCGGGGGUAGCUGCAUCAUGGAACAACUCAAGCUCAUCGAAGCCAUCGAGGAAGUUGGCACCAUUAAGAGGUUCCUCCCUUCGGAGUUCGGCAUGGACGUGGACCGCAUGGAGCAUGCAAUCUCCCCGGGCGAUCGCACAUUUGUAGAGAAGCGUGUCAUCCGGCGAGCCAUCGAGAAGGCUAACAUCCCCCACACGUAUGUCUCGGCCAACUGCUUUGCCAGCAUCUUCCUUGCAGGUCUAGCUCAACUCGCCACCUACAUGCCCAAGAGGGAGCGUGUCAACAUCCAUGGCCAUGGGGACAAGAAAUGUAUAUGGGUCGCCGAGGAGGACAAAGCGAUGUAUGCAAUGCUAGCUGUCGAUGACCCCCGAACUUUAAACAAGGUCCUCUUCGUCCGUCCUCCGGCCAACAUCCUCACUCAGAUGGAAGUUGUCAAGACAUGGGAGAGGAUUAUAGGCCAAGAGCUCCAGAUGACAUUUCUCUCAGCGGAGGAAUGGCUUUCCACCAUGGACACUGAUCAGUCUCAUCGUUUUGCUAUGUUCACUUGCCAUGUGAUGUUAGCUUAG